GGGCUGCACUAAAACUCUUGUACCCACUCAAAAAUCUAAGGCCUGUGAUCAUCUUUGUGUUCUCUCUCUUUGCCUCUUAUUCGGGAUCCGCUAUAAAUGUAAUUUUACUUGUUCAAUGAAAAACCUAAUUUCAUUUUUCAUGUUAACUUCACUUCCCUCCAAAAAGAACAGCACAGAGGAAACUUUUCAAAAAGAGAUGAGGCCUAUCUCCUUUCUGCAGAGAGGGGGAUCACAAUUCUGGAGCACGAGGGUGGUGUGUGAGCAGAGGUGGCCCUGGCCUGGCCUUCCAUGACAAGUGGAAAUUAAGGUGGCAGGAGACUCAGGACACCAGACUCUCAUGUCUCCAGGGCAACGAGCCCUGUGCAUCACUAGAAAAGCCAGUUUUCCAUGUAGAUCUUGACGCUGAAUGUGGAUAAGGUUUUAUCCCAAGUGUGAGAGCUCCUGAAUUCCCUAAAUAGAGGAGGGGCCUUCAGGCCCAGAAAUGAAGGCCCUUGUCGUAAUGCAGGAGGAACCUCCCCAUUUUUCUAGGAUGUCUGUGUUCUGGGAAACACAAUCCAAAGACGAGCAGCAUUCUGCCUCCCGUCACAAGACUGGCAGUCCCUGAUGUGUGUAUGGAGGGAUUCGCACCUCGAAUUCAGAAACAACAUCCGAUUUCAUUCUCCUGACAGCCUCCUGGUGAACAGAGAGAACACCACCACUCCACCAUUAGGGAUGAGGUCAUCCAACUCUUCUUGAAAGGCUGUUAUCAAUCCUUUCCUGUUGAGACCUGACUGGAAGUACUCCAAGUACAUCUCUGAAGUCUCGCAGAAGCUGGAAGUAGAUGUUCUAACUGUGGACAUGGCAGAUGAGGAAACUGAGGUUCAGAGCGCAGGCUGUCUGCUCAAGGUCACACUGCUGUUUAAGUACAAAAGCCUGGAGGUCACAUGGAGCCCAUCUGCCUUCUGUACCCCUCCCCCAAGAGCUGGAGCUCCUUGGGCACAAGAGAGCCUGUGUCCUGUCUGCGUCUCCCUCCCGCGCCCCGCACCUCGCGCCCCCGCUCGCUCCGAUCCCGCGACUCCUUGGCAGCCGCAGCGCUGGAGAGCUCUGCCAAGAUGGAGAGCGGCGCCGCCGGCCAGCAGCCCCAGACGCAGCCCCAGCAGCCCUUCCUGCCGCCCGCAGCCUGCUUCUUCGCCACGGCCGCGGCGGCGGCAGCGGCGGCGGCGGCGCAGAGCGCGCAGCAGCAGCCGCAGGGGCCGCAGCUGAGCCCCGCGGCCGACGGCCAGCCCUCAGGGGGCGGUCACAAGCCCGUGCCCAAGCAAGUCAAGCGACAGCGCUCGUCCUCGCCCGAACUGAUGCGCUGCAAACGCAGGCUCAACUUCAGCGGUUUUGGCUACAGCCUGCCGCAGCAGCAGCCCGCCGCCGUAGCGCGCCGCAACGAGCGCGAGCGCAACCGCGUCAAGCUGGUCAACCUGGGCUUUGCCACCCUCCGCGAGCACGUCCCCAACGGCGCCGCCAACAAGAAGAUGAGCAAGGUGGAGACGCUGCGCUCCGCGGUCGAGUACAUCCGCGCGCUGCAGCAGCUGCUGGACGAGCACGACGCGGUGAGCGCGGCCUUCCAGGCCGGCGUCCUGUCCCCCACCAUCUCCCCCAACUACUCCAACGACAUGAACUCCAUGGCCGGCUCGCCGGUCUCAUCCUACUCGUCGGACGAGGGCUCUUACGACCCCCUCAGUCCCGAGGAGCAAGAGCUGCUCGAUUUCACCAACUGGUUCUGAGUGGCCUGGUGCGACGGACUUUCGAAGCAGGGUGACUGCAUGACCUGCAUCUUUAGUGCUUUCUCACCAGUGAUGCUGGAAGGAAGGAAAACGGAAAAUUAAAAAAAAAAAAAAAGAAGGGAAAAAAAGGCAACCAACUCCAAUACCAACCAAGCGACCCUAGCCUGCUGAGCGAGGCUCUCACAAAACAGGGAUGCGUUCAGAACCGUGUCUUUGCACUCCAGUCAUUCACGGAGAUAAGAAGAGUGACUAGGACCUGAGUCAGUGUGCAAAGUGCUGCUUGUGUGCACAGGCAGCGGGCUCUUGGCAGAAGAGAGCAGCACACGUUCCAUAGCGACUCCCACCCGAACUAACUGGCAGAGCUGAAGGCGCUCCCUGGGUAUCCUCACCUCCCCGCCCUCCUUGAAAGCGCAGUUCUUAACUCUCUAGCAACGGGGUGGUGUCUCUCCUCUCAGUACCCUCCAUCUCAAUAAGCUGUGGACAUUUUCUGCAGUGAAACUAUGCUCUAUACUCAGUCCUUCGACACCCCGUCCUCGGGCCCCUUCCCCAAGCCCCACUCCCUCACGCCAGCUUUCCUACCAUGUUCAUCAUAGGAUGCUUCCAAUCUUUGGUGAAUUUUUUUAUUAUAAAAAAAUCUAUUUGUAUCUAUCCUAACCAGUUUGGGGAUAUAUUAAGAUAUUUUUGUACAUAAGAGAGAAAGAAGAAAAUUUAUAGAGUUUUGUACAAAUGGUUUAAAAUGUGUAUAUCUUGAUACUUUAACAUGUAAUGAUAUUACCUCUUCAUAUUUUAGACGUGUAGCUCACCUUACAACUGCCAUUUUUCCCAUGUGGUUUUGUAAAGAACUCUCCUCACAGGUGAGAUCAAAAGGCCACCAUAUGUACUUAAGCACCAAUGUGUCUUACUUCAUAGAAACUUUGUUAAUGUAUUAAUGAUGUUAUUAAAUACUGUUCCAGAACAAAGUUUAUGCAGCUACUGUCCAAACGCAAAGUGGCAGCCAGUGUUUUUGAUAGGUUGCCUUUUGGGAAAUUUCUAUCACUGCCUUUUUUUUCUUACUGUUUUAUUACAAACUUACAAAAAAAACCCAUGUAUAACCCUGUUUUAUACAAACUAGUUUCGUAAUAAAACAUGUUUCUUUUUUUUU